AUGUUUUGCGAUUGGUCAGCAAAUAGAAGCUCAUGGAUUUUGUCUGGAUGUGACAUUGACUACAUACCCGAUAAAUGUGCAGGUAUUGGGGGCAGUUCAGAGUUCAGAGAAGUACUGAGGGAGCUAGACCAGAAGGUGAAUGAAGUCGAGGAUGUUAUAAAGCUGGCCUCAUAUAUCAAACAACUACAGUCGAGCCUACAAGAGUACAAAGCCUCACAGCAGAAUGGACAACUUUACAUUACAAUGAAACAACUGAAAUCCAAACUUAAGUCAGACGAAAUAAAGGAGGCAGACAGAAGUUUAAAAAAGACAAACAUGCAAUACAUAUUUGAGCAAAACCAAGAUCUGGAAGACAUGCUUUCAAGACAAAAUGCCCUUGGAAAGCUCGCACUCUCUUCUCUUCCUACGUGCUUAAUCUCGGGAUGUGUUCUCCUGUCCUCUGACAAACUUGUGGCGGCUGACUAUAGUAACGAGAAACUGAAAGUUGUUGACAUAAAAAAUAAAGUUGUAAUAGAAGAGACAAUACUUUCUUCAAAACCGUGGGACAUUGCAGUUAUGCCUCGGGACCACAUUGCUGUGACAUUGCCAGAGAAAAAAGAGAUCCUUAUAAUGACAACAUCUGGUAAACCGUCAAUUGUCCAUAAGUUUCCAGUUAAAACACACUGUAGAGGUAUAGCUUAUCAUCAAGGUCAUCUCUAUAUAGUUUGCUAUCGUGCAAAAUGUGUAUUUAUUACAGAUACACAAGGUAACGUUCAGAACAAAAUUUUACUGGAUAAGAAGAGACUUGACAAACCAAGCUACUUACUGCUAAGUAAGGAUGUGAGACAUAUCUUCAUCAGCGUCUUUCUUAGCCACAGUGUCGUCAGUAUAACAUUACAAGGUGAUAUAUCUGCUGAAUACAAAAACAAAGAAUUUACAUUCCCACGGGGAAUGGUGAUGCUAGACGAUGGAUCCUUGCUGGUGUGCUGCGGUAGUAAAAAUGGCAUCAUAUAUCGUAUCUCGGGUGAUUUAAAGCAAUGUCACACAAUAAUAGAUGAUAUGUCGUAUCCAAUGUCCACGUGCUAUAAUCGGGAUCAACACGAGGUCUAUGUUGGAUGUUUUUGUGAUGAAAUGAUUGUGUUGAGUGCGAAAUAA